CAUAAAUGUGCGAUUCUUCAUUGGUUUACUUCGACACACUGGAUCGACGCCACAGACGAUGGGAGGGUCUUCUUCACCGCUGCCACCGACUGCCGCCACCGCGCCCGUGCACCUGGGAAGCAAGAGCGACUUUGACGACAUUGAAGGGAUGAUCGAGCGCAACAAGUGUGCCGUAGAGUACUACAAGCUCGAAGAGUGUUUGGGCGAGUACGACCGCGACUGGACAAAGUGUCAGGACAUCGUGCGCCUCCUUCGGGUGUGCAACGCCGCCAAGAACAAGGGACAAUGACAUGCUCGAGUUCUCACGGGGUUCGUGAUAAUCAUAUUACUCUAUCUCGGGUCUGUCUCCCGUCCUGCUGUCGCCUAAAACGGCGCUUCCGCACUUGUUCUACUGGCAUUGCCGCUAGUGUCGUUGCUACUGGUGUCAGCCGUCAUCGUCGCCGCGGCCGCGUCGGUCGCUUCCAUCACGUCCACGUCGUCCUGGCUGUCGUACCACCCGUCCAUCGUGUCAAUCUCCAUCGUGUUUUCAUUCUCCCGGCCUUCCUCUUCCAUGGCCAGCCGCGCGUACUCUGCCCGUGCAAACCGAUCCCAAUCUCUACAAGCCAUCCAUCCCUCCGUUCAGCAUCACACAUAUCCACGUCGUCACAGAAUCGUACGUCAAUUCUGGUUCGGCCAUUUG